AUGAACAAAGCUCACCCUCCCGAGUUGAAAAAAUUUAUGGACAAGAAGUUAUCAUUGAAAUUAAAUUGUGGCAGACAUGUCCAAGGAAUAUUGCAGGGAUUUGAUCCCUUUAUGAAUCUUGUGAUAGAUGAAUGUGUGGAGAUGGCGACUAGCGGACAACAGAACAAUAUUGGAAUGGUGGUAAUAGGAGGAAAUAGUAUCAUCUUGUUAGAAGCCUUGGAAUGA